AGUCGUCCGAUGAACAGCUGAAGGUGUUCAUUCUUAUGCAUGUAUAUAUGUCGAUGUUAUGCAGUUAUUUCGUCUUUCCAACCGCAUAUUGUUGCAAAUAUAAUUGCGCAAUUUAUGUUAAACAAAAACUAUUAACGUUUAUAGCUGAAAAUCGACGUAUUUUUGGUUAAACUGGAACGUUAUCGUGGCUAAUCUGUCAGUGUGUUUUGCAACAACAACAACAGACAGACCGCAACAACAGACCGACGUGCCCAACUACGCUAAAGCGGAUUUUACGAUACAAGUUGACGUUAUUGUUAGUUUAUAAUAGUUUAGUGUAUAAUCUUUCCUAUUCAGGGAUCGUGACUCAACAGUGUUGCUAUCUGUAGGUUGCAUGUGACCGUUUCUGGGUGUAGCUGAGCUACUUAAGUCUCCACACCCUCUGAUUUAACUACUUUAAAUUUCUGAAAGCAGCUGAUACAUUUCUAACAGAUGUCAAAACCCACCUUGUGUUAUUGGCUCCGUUGAACUGUCUUUUAUUCAUUGACAGGAUGCGUGUUUUGCUUCUUAAAGACCCCAGAGAUGGAGAGUCUGGACCUGAUCCUUACAUUAAGGAGCUGGAAUCACGUGGGCACAAAACAACCCUAAUUCCAGUGUUGUCUUUUAAGUUUAUCUCAGCAAACACCUUGUCAGAUAAGCUUCUUCAACCAGAGAAACACGGUGGCUUGAUAUUCACUAGUCCAAGAGCGGUGGAAGCUGUGAAGCUGUGCUUGGAAGAUAAAGAUAGGAAACAAGAGUGGAACAAAUCAUUGAAAGACAAAUGGAACAGGAAAUCCAUCUAUGUGGUUGGGAAGGCUACUGCAGCUUUAGUACAGAGCCUGGGUCUGGAGCCCGAGGGUGAGGACACGGGGACAGCAGACGUCCUAUCACGUCUCAUCAUCGAAAGAGAGGAAAAAAAUAUCCCACCACUUUUCUUCCCCUGUGGUUCAAUUAAAAGAGAAGUCUUGCCCACGGCUUUAAGGGAAAAUGGGGUUCCCCUGGAGACUCUGACUGUCUAUCAAACUACUGAACAUCCAGAUCUGGAGAAGAAUCUAAAAAACUACUUCACAAAGCAGGGUAUUCCAGGGAGUGUAGGAUUCUUCAGUCCGUCUGGGGUGAAGUUUUGCCUGGAAGCUGUAAGGAGGCUGUCAGGUGAACAGCUGACGCAAAUUAAGUUUGCAGCCAUAGGGCCCACCACACGAGAUGCUAUGGCAGCAGAGGGUCUGUGUGUCAGCUGCACAGCAGAACAACCAACAGCUCAACACUUGGCUGCAGCGAUAGCCGACGCUCUUCAGUAAUCAACCAGACAAAUACACUUUUUAUUGUUUCUCAUUGUUUUGGGAUUUUUUUUGUCAUUGUUUUGAUGCCCUUUUCUUGAUUUUGCACUGAAAAAUGUAGUUUAGCCAUUUUUCUUUCAUCUCAGAUUUGAUUAAAAAUGUAUUUUAAAUUAUUUUUGAAAAUAAACCUUAAUCAGUUUGACAAA